CACACUGUGCCGGCAUUACCUGUUUAUCGACGGUGUACAGAGUUCAGUGGUGAAAAAUUUGUUCAGUGAGUGCAUAAAUAAUUAGUGAAACGCUUCUUGAUAUUAGCAAUUUCGUUGCUACUGGUUGAAGCUGCUACUGGAGAACAGUCAGUUUUUCGUAGUGGACUUGAGAACAAUUAUUACGCAAAUUAACGACAUCGCUGCCGUCAAAUUUUUAGACAGUGCAACGCAUCGCAUCAAGAUACCUCGAUGGAGAGUUCCGGUGGUGGUGACAAACAGAACGAGUCGGACGAGUGCGAUGUGACUGCGAAUAAUCAGCAUCAACAGAAUAAGAUGACAGGCCAGGAGGAUAGUAACGUGAAAAUAAGCAAAGAUUUGGGGGAGCAGGAGACGCUGAAGAAUCUGAAGAACCUCGAGAAUAUCAGUCAAAAUGACGAAGCUUCGAAUAACAAAUUAUCAAAGGCUGUGUCCCAAGAUGACGAGGAGGAUGAAGAUCGUGACGAGGACGAGUGCAAAGGUUCCGACGACGACGAGCUCAAAGAGGAAAAAACGGACGGGAAAAAGGACGAGGAAUCGUCGAGCAGCACAACAUCCACAAGCACCUCUGAUGACGAGUCUGAAACCAGUUCAGACGAUAAGACCGAGGCGUCGAAAACUGAGCAGACUAAAACGGUCACAUCCGAUACAAAGAAAGAGGAUCAAACGACGAAAAACGACGAUACCACCGACGACAGUGACAUCGAGGAUGACUUGAUUUCGGCUAUCAAUUAUAAUACCAUCACUUCGUUGGCUGCGCUUAAGGAUAUGCUGCAGUCCUCUGGGGAGGAUUCAGAUGGUGUGGAUAGUUUCUUUCACCAUUACUUCCUGUCGCACGUGAACAGGUUACCAUCGAGGAAUCAGACGCAUAGCCCUUAUCCGUGGGGCAGGAGAUUAUCGGAAUGCAGGGAAGAGGAUGAGUACGAAAAUGACGAAGCGAAAAACACGGAAACCUCGUCGACCAAGAAGGAUGUGACGAAACUCGAGGAACCUGAAGAGAAGAACGACAGCGUCUCCUCUAAAGCAUCUAGUCCGUCUGCAUCGGAGAAGUCCAGUUCCGAGAAGAUCGAUGAAAAGUCCAGCAAUGCUGUACCGAGCAUACCGGAGACUAAAACUCAGACUACCAUAGCUACUACGGUGACCACGACGACAAGUUCGACGACUACCACACCGGUGACGACCACGUCUACGACGACUACCGUCACCACUACCGCGUCGUCCAGGUUCACCACGUCGGCGGUCACCUCGCCAACGUCCACCACGAAGCCUCCGUUAAGGAGGAGACACACCACAGGUCCUGGAAUGACUUUCCCUGCAACCGAUCCGCCGACCUAUUCGACCAGUAUGACUUUCUCGAGGACCAGUCCUCUUCCUAGUCCGCACCUCGAUAAGAGAUUCUUCGAUAGCAGCCUGAUAGAGAUGAAAAGUCAGGCUAGCAGCUCUAGCACCCUGGAUUAUGACUCGACGGAGGAGGUUUGGGUGAGGAGGGUGGAUUUCGUGCAGGAAAGGAAAAGAAAGGAACUUGGAUCGCAACCCUUGCCAACAAUAGUAACGGAAGAUGCAGACACUGCGGGUCAUGCCUCUCAAGACCAAGGCCACAGGCCACGAGCAGGAACUUGGGGCUCGCACUCGCGAACUAUCAGAAAGCCAACCUCAGGAAGCGCUCCUGGCUCUGGGAAAUCGACGCCUCUUCCGCAACAGCAAGAGCCUUCGAGUUCGUCAAGCUCUAACAAAGGUGGCAGAAAAGCUUCUGGCACACGGUCUGGCUCCACUAGCCGCAGCAAUAGCCGUAGCAAUAGCGCAGAACGAAGAAGAAGCGGUGGGACUAUCGACGACACCGCCAGUCCCACCAGAAAACCGGCGUUAUUCGAUGCGUUUAGACCAAGGAGCAAAUCAGAUGCUAGCAAAAGAAAGCCCAGUAUUAUAGCGAAUAUGAAGAGCGCUGUACAGCAUUCUUUGUACAGAGGCUCUCACGGAAGUUCGUCAACAGAUGUACAUACAGAUAAAGAUCAUCAUAGAGAUAGCAAGGACCACAAAGAAGAUAAGGUGCCUAUGGGACGUCCGCGAGCAGGCUCGGAAAGUAGUAGAAAUCCUGUGAGCAAAGUCAUGGAUCUCAUUAGGCAUAGAAGCCAUAGCGCUCUUAGUUCGGAGGAUAAGCGAAAAGGGAGAACUGCAGCUCAACACCAGGUACAAACAGCAGCUUCGCAGGGCGCUCUCAGGAGGAGUUCCUUGGAUCCUGGUGCCAGGAGAUUCUCCUUGGGCACACCCGCCAUCCCCCAUAGAGCAUCAGACGCAUGCCUUGAUCCUGCGCACGCUGCGAUUCUCUUCAGGGACGCGAGGGGGCUGCCGGUGGCGGAUCCAUUCUUGGAGAAAGUUUCGCUCUCUGAUCUCGAGGAGGACGAAUCACAGAUCUUCGUAAAGUUCUUCAAAUUUCACAAAUGUUACGACCUAAUACCAACCAGCGCCAAAUUGGUUGUGUUCGAUACGCACCUCCUCGUAAAGAAGGCUUUCUUUGCUCUCGUUUACAAUGGUGUGAGAGCUGCACCAUUAUGGGACAGCUCAAGGCAAGAAUUUGUUGGUAUGCUAACUAUAACAGAUUUUAUAAAGAUCCUACAGAUGUACUAUACCAGCCCAUCUGUUACAAUGGAUGAAUUAGAAGAACAUGAAUUAGAUACAUGGAGAAAAGUUUUGAAGGAUCAAGUUCAUCCAUUAGUGAGUAUUGGCCCAGAUGCAUCUUUAUAUGAGGCCAUUAAAACUCUAAUUCAAAAUAGAAUUCAUCGUUUGCCUGUGAUAGACCCAGAUACUGGAAAUGUUCUCUAUAUCUUGACACACAAACGAAUUCUUAGGUUCCUUUUCCUUUAUAUACAUGAGCUACCAAAACCAUCUUUCACUAGUAAAACAUUGAGAGAAUUAAGGAUAGGUUCAUUUGACAACAUAGAAACAGCAACAGAAGAAACUAGCAUAAUUUUAGCACUCAAAAAAUUUGUUGAAAGGAGAGUUUCUGCAUUACCAAUUAUUGAUACUGAAGGAAAGUUGGUUAACAUUUAUUCAAAGUUUGAUGUUAUUAAUUUAGCUGCAGAAAAGACAUAUAACAAUUUAGAUGUUUCACUUCAAGAAGCAAAUGAGCACCGUAAUGAAUGGUUUGAAGGAGUUCAAAGUUGUAAAUUAGAUGAAACACUGUUUACUAUUAUGGAAAGAAUUGUUAGGGCAGAGGUACAAUUUUCACAUCAUUUAGUCCAUAGGCUAGUAGUGGUUGAUGACGAUGAUAAAGUGAUCGGUAUAAUUUCUCUAUCUGACUUACUCUUCUACCUCGUUCUUAGGCCUUGUGGUGAAGAUGGCAGUAGCAAUAAAGAUAGUUCUAUAUCAUUAAGAGCACAGAAUUCUAACGCCUCAAAGGCUCCGAGUUCUGUGCAGUCGGAGGCUUCUAUUGCUGAUGGUGACGCAGACGCUGAUCAGGAUGCAGCUGAAGUAAACCAAUCUGAAGAAGCACCCGCAACACCUAGUCCACCGCUGAGUCCUGCAGCAACAGAUAUUUCUGAACCUCAGUCAACCUUAGUAAAUCAGUCUCAAGAAUCUGCAUGGAGAGAAGUAACCGUAUCAGGAGGAGAAUGAGGCAAUAUUAUCUUAAAAUGCUAUUAAGCAUGAAAUUGUGAAUGAAUUUGUGACUUUAAAGUCAAAUUUUGCAGUGCAACAGCAAACAAGCAACGAACGAUUAAGCUUGUUUUUCAUUUCUUCUUAGUACUUUGCAUUUUGUUUACUUAAGAAUUUACGAAAAACACGUGGAAUAUUGUUCUUUGCUCGUUCAAUGAAUUUACGUUACAAAAAUAAUUGUUAUCUGAAAUAACGAAGUCACGUUGAGCGCGAAAAAUAAUGAAAUGAAUUUUGCUGGACACGAUAAACGAUAACGCGAUGUUGCAUACUGUAUAAAAGUUGAUUAAGCUUAAUUUUUUAUGGUACAAAUGCUACUCAGCAUAGACGUUCGAGCUUCUUGCCAGGAACGAUUGCUACGCCAUUAUCUGCUCAGGGUAUAAUAUCUGUACACCCUUUCUUCAAUCGUAC